ACCAGCAGACACAGAGCAGCAGCAUGCAAGAAACCAACACCUGCUGGAGAUGUCAAAAUGAAACAGGGUUUCAGAUAAGCCUGUCCGGAGUGCCCCAAAGUAAGCACUUAGAGUUUCACUCAAAGCACACUGACUUCUACUCUAUGUUGGAACACGUCAGUAGUCUAAAGUGGUUUCCACUCUGUCCGGUGAGCCAAACUCCAGAUUAGACACUUCUGAUAUCAUCACCCAAACGGGUGGUGCAAAACCGGGUUCAGAAGGGACCACUGUAUUCUACUGAAGGAGCCUGUGUGGUGUUCUGGUGGUCGGGUGGGAAGCUAGUGGAGGGUGGGAGUCUGUCCACUGUUAACUCUCAACACGGCCACCAAGCAUUCCUUUUGCACUGGGGGCUUAAAGGUUAAGGGAUCCGUUUGCGCUCCAGCUGGUCGGUCACGGCAUGGCACUUAACCUCAGCACCUGAAAGCGACACCCUCACCCCGGCGCCGGUGUUAAAUUCUCCCAAGUCCAGUCAAAGUGUCGAGUCAUCGGUGCUGUUUGAGUGAUGGGAACGCUUUGGUAGAAGACCAAAAAAAAAAAAAAAAGUAGCUGUUUGGGGGUUCUUGCAUAUUUUAAUCAAACAGGAAUUUCCAAUGUCAAUAACACACACUGCAUGCCAUUUGUUUGAGUUUUUUUUCCCCUUCCAUAGACGUUGGGAACCUCUGUACACAGGGUCAUUCUGCUUCUGUUCAUUCUUCUGACAUUAUGAGGAGCUUCAGAUAACCCCAGAUAUUUGUUUCUUUAUAUAUUGCUUAUUGGGCAUUUGGGUUUAUCUCAAGUCAAGACACGCAUUAUGUUGCAUUCUGUACACAGGGGCAUCUCAAUACAUUAGAAUAUCAUCAAUAGACUUGUCACUGUAGCAAAUUUUGCCAGGUGAUAAACUGCCCCAGAAAGUAUUGCGAUAAAUGAUAAUGAUGUUGAUUGAGACAAUUUUCAAGCGAUUAAACGGUUAAAGUUAAACUCCACAUUGGAGUUGGAAAAGCUAAAACGCAACCACAAACGAUAAAUAAAAAGACACUCUCCUGAAACCAUCACUUUGAAUUCUAUGUAAACAAAAUUGGCUUUGAAAAAAAAUAUGAAUAUUAGAAUGGAAAUAAUCUAACUUACUUCAUUACAUCAUGCGAUGAAUCAAUUGCUUAAUCAUCAAACAUUUCCUUUCAUUUUACUAACUCGGAUUAAAAAGAGAAACUCAUGUACUACAUCACUUCAUUGCACACAGAUUGAAAUAAUUUCUAUUCAUUUUCAUAAUUACAGUUCACCAAUGAUGGAAAGUGAAACGUUUUCUUUCUCUGAAUACUGCAGAAAUCUAAAAAAAAAAGUGAUUUUAUGACAGACAUGUUGCUUUAAGACCCACCCAAUUCUGAGUGAGACGAAAGAGUAUUGAAUUGUAUCGUAUUGAAAAUACAUUUUGUGCAAUAUAACUACUAAUUUUCAUGAACAGUAAGCCUUUAAUCACCAAAAAGAAUAGUAAUAAAGUAAUUCAGACUGUGUGCAAUGAAGAGUUUGAUGUUUUAUUUAAAUCACCGGUUCUACUCUGAUGUAUUGAGAUGUGCCAGUUUCGGCUGUUGGCAUCAUCUGGGUGACCUUCCUCCCACUCUGUGUGGCGUGCAUGUUGUGGCAACCUGGUUGUGUUUUUCUCUCUCCCUCUCUGUGUCUCUCUGCCAACCAGGCAAACGUAAAGCUCUAAAGUUAAAUUUCGCCAACCCUCCGGUGAAGCCGACCUCCAGGCUCCCGCUUCAUCCCACGGCUCCAUCGUUCCAGAAUCCUCACAUAGAGCGCCUGCGGACACACAGCAUCGAGUCGUCCGGGAAGCUGAAGAUCUCCCCGGAGCAGCACUGCGACUUCACCGCGGAGGACCUGAGAGACCUCGGCGAGAUCGGCCGCGGCGCCUACGGCUCCGUCAACAAGAUGGUCCACAAACCGACGGGCCAGAUCAUGGCAGUCAAGAGGAUUCGCUCCACUGUGGACGAGAAGGAGCAGAAGCAGCUGCUGAUGGACCUGGACGUGGUGAUGAGGAGUAGCGACUGUGCCUACAUCGUCCAGUUCUACGGCGCCCUCUUCAGAGAGGGGGACUGCUGGAUUUGCAUGGAGCUUAUGUCUACCUCAUUAGACAAAUUCUACAAAUAUGUAUAUUGCAUAUUAGAUGAUGUCAUUCCAGAGGAAAUAUUAGGCAAAAUAACAUUAGCUACCGUUAAAGCACUGAAUCACUUAAAAGAAAACUUGAAAAUAAUUCACCGAGACAUCAAACCUUCCAACAUUCUAAUGGACAGAAGGGGAAAUAUCAAACUGUGUGACUUCGGCAUCAGCGGCCAGCUGGUGGAUUCCAUAGCCAAGACUAGAGAUGCAGGCUGCAGGCCUUACAUGGCACCUGAACGGAUAGACCCCAGUGCUUCCAGACAGGGCUACGACGUCCGCUCCGACGUUUGGAGCUUGGGAAUCACCUUGUAUGAGUUAGCCACGGGAAGAUUCCCGUACCCCAAGUGGAAUAGUGUUUUUGAUCAGCUGACACAAGUGGUGAAAGGAGAACCUCCACAGCUCAGCAACUCGGAGGAGAGGCAGUUCUCCCCGAAGUUCAUCAACUUCGUUAACCUAUGCCUUACAAAAGACGAGUCAAAGAGGCCAAAGUACAGGGAGCUUCUGAAACACCCAUUUAUUCUGAUGUACGAGGAGCGCUUCGUGGACGUGGCCAGCUACGUGUGUCGCAUCCUGGAUCAGAUCCCCGCCUCGCCCGUCUCCCCUAUGUACGUCGACUGAUGCCAAGAAGAGCGUUCCCAUUGGUGGAGGAGGGAGUGGGGUGGUACACUAAGCUUUGUGAUGCGGCGCUUGUCAACUUAGCCUUCAGUUAUGUAGGAUCACCUGUUUGUUCACACGUUCCAAAGAACAAAGGAAUUCAACUUCCCAGUGCAAUGAGACGAAAAUCCUCCCCCUCAACAAAAAUAGAAACAUUUUCCAGUCAUUUUAAGAUCUCAAAAUAAUCUCUUAAAGUUGCUGCUUCAAGUGUCUCUGCUUUAUCUUAGUAGAGUGAGGUGCAUCUUGUUAUGCGACACAAAGAAUAGUGUGUGUGUGUGCGUGUGUGUAUAUAUAUAUAUAUAUAUAUAUAUAUAUAUAUAUAUAUAUAGUUCACAAAAAAAUCUACCAAAUAAAAUUGUGUGGCGCUCAUGAUGUCUGAACGAAACGGCAACCUAGCGGAUUGCACGUUAUAUGCAUAUUUGUCUUUGCCUAAAAUGACAACUUGUAUGGAUUAUUGCUGAUACACCUACUGUCUAAAAAUCACACACUUUCACACGUUUUGCUGUGAGCACCUUCACACACAGUCAAUGAAUGGAUAUGCAAAUGUUUCUUUUUGGAAAGCUUAUGGUAGCGUGGCUUUACUUUUUUUUUUUUUUCUUCUUCAAUAUGCAAUCUGUGACGGCUUGUCUUAAAACGUUUUAUCUUCUUACACCUACUGCAGUGCUGGGCUCAGUGUGUGAGCUUUGACCUUUUUGUUUAAGUCACUUAACUAGGCAUGUGCUGUUCCAGAAGAACAUUUUCAGUUCGCUAUUGAUGCUAACCACCCAAAACAAAGUGCACUGUUAGUUAAUGGCUAAGAAACGGGGGAAAAAACCAGCAUUGUUGUGCAAGAAACUUUACCAAAAAGAGGAGUUUAUUAUGAGAUUUUUGUAAAAAAUAAACAAAGUUAAUGUUGAAAUUAGGAGCUUUCUGCGACGUUGAUUAUUUCGCGUAACACGUUGCUAAAUCCUAUUUGUCCAUAAACUUUUUGUCAAAGCAAGCGCUUAACAGCUGACACAUGAUUUAACUUUUAGGUUUGUUACACGUAAAGCUGUUAAUCUCUGGAACUUCGAUUGACUUUUCUUUUUGUUUUCCCCCCCAAACUGAUUAAAUAUGUGACCUGUAGUUGUUACUUUUUAUCCAAAGAAACUCGCAAAGCAUUGAAAACCAAACAUUUGACCAAAUAAAUUAAAAAAAAAAGAGAACCAAAGACCUGUUUUCUCUGAAAACAGGUUUCAUUUGCUAUUUGUACAUUGACAUAUAAUAUAUACAUUAAUAAUUUAGCUUACCAUUUGUUCUACAAAUUCCUUUUUUUUUAAGCUUUACUUUUGACUGGCUGUCAUAAAUACCACAAGUUACAGUUGUUUUUGACAUACAUGCGUCAUUGCUAAGUGCCAGACAAAGAAGAAAUGAUGUUUACUGUUUUCAUAUAAAUGUAGUACAAAUGAAAAUAAUCCAUACUAAUAGUGCUUUUGUUCAUUUCGCUAGCUAAAGCUGUCACAUCGAACACGUAAAUGCAUUACAAACGGAUAGUUUGUUUUACUAAUUUGGCAAACAUGAUUUAGUUUCCACCACAAACUGUUCUAUUCAUAUUAGUGCAUUUGUUGAAAAUCAUAGAAGGUUGUUCUGCUGCAGAGUCCCGCUCAUUUAGCAUCAUGAACAUCAUCACCAGCUGAUUUCUGAAACGGGAAGACGCUUAGUUCUGUGACUGAAAUAAUAAGGCAAGACACACAAAGACUCAAACCUGAAGUUAAUCCAAUGCUACGUUGCCUAAUGUAAAGUUGCUUUUGGAUGUUGUUUUCACUGAUGUAAAUAGAUGUGUACAUAGCCAUCCUCACCUGCUGUUCUUGGCAGGUUUUGCUCAGAUCUUCUAAGGCUCGUUCCUAAAACACGGUCAUCAUGUCAGACAGGAGAGGAGAUGUGGCUUCGUCCUGAGAAAUGUCACCAUAUAGACUGUUUUUUUUUUUUUUUUCCUCCUCAACAGCCUGUCUUAGCACUGUACAGUCAAACUCACCCAUACAGAUCACAGAUGCUCCAUGCUGCCACCCACAGGCACACGGUAGUAACUACAGCUCCACAUGUUCUGACAGCUUAUGUCUAUGAAAGAAAAGAAAUAGAGUAACGGUAAAAUGCUGCUAAUCACAUGCUACCAACUUCCAUACCACAACCGCUGAGAGGAGGAAGGACCCUCCUCGCUUCGUCUCCCGCCCUUUGACCCCUCAGGUCACCCUGGAGCCUGCAUGUCCUCCAGUGAUUCAGCAAACGUCUGGGCUGAAGCCAUCGUCCCAUUUCCCUGCCUAUCAAUUUGUUUGACCCAAACGUGUCCUAGAGCGGCAGUCAGACUUCAAGAAGUAAGCUUAAGUAAACACUUAAUGCAACACUACAGAGAUCCAUCAGGCAAUAAAUUUAAAUGUUUAGGAAAAUAUAUGAUGAUAAUAAAACACCCAUUUGGUGAUAUUGUAAUAUUGCAGUCUCCUAAAAGCAAAUGGAUCCUGCCAUUGUGGCUUAAAUCCAAAAGGAAAUGGUAUUCUUGAUUAGGUUAAUUUAUUUUGGCAGUUUAUUCUCAUCUGCUUUGUUUUUUUUUUCUCUGGUGUUGAGCCAAAAGAAAUGUUUCAAAUACUUUAAUGGUGCUUUAAUAGUAAGAAUGUAGAGGAUGAAACUAUACCAGCACCCUGUAUGACAUUCGAAAUGGGCUGUAUGCUCAGUUAAAUGGGCAAUUCAACUAUAGCAGUUUACAAGAUUAGUUCAAUCGCAUUAGUCUGUUGGAGUAUUUACUGGUAUUGUUACAUUUGGGAUAGUCAACGAAAAUGCAUGUUUGGUUUAUUAUGGGUCUGUACAGCCGUUAGCCGUGCCAUACCUCCCAUUGUGUGGGUCAUUUUGUUACCUAGUUGGGAAAGCAAAACAUUACAACCACCAGAUGAAAUUCUGUCAUAAGGAGUUCUUGUCAGGCCUGUACGUUUUGUCUCCUUCCGGAAUGGCGGUAGAUGGCGCCGUUAUUACGGGAUGCGUUUCCAGGAAGUUCACUUGCCACUGGUGAAUAUGAGUCUCCAGGGUACAUGUUGUACAAACUGCAAUUUACCAGAAUGUUCAUAUUAGAAUAUAAGAUGAUAUUAAGGGCAAUGAAUAUUAUAAUGUAUGUUUAUUGAGGGUUACAAUAAAAGUUCCCCAUGAAAAAGA